AUGACAGCCAAGCUCCCGCCCAAUCUCCUGCGGCUGUUCGCGCCGCGCCCGCCUCUCAACUACCUCCCGCCAAUGAGCAAGGACACGAGCGACCGCGGACCGAACAAGAUCACCGGCAUCGCUGCGCUCGUCAAGCAGCUGAGGGACCAGGCCGAGGACGAUGAGGUCAAGCAGGGACUCGAGGAGCGCAAGGAGGAGGUGAAGGACGAGCCCAUGGACACUGACAAACCCGAGGAUGGCCAGGUCGAGUCCAAGCCUGAUGUUGACGCCGACAAGAAGAAGAAGAAGGAUCCGAUCGCUGAGGCUGGUGUCAUUGGCCAGGAGGCUGUCAUGAUGCGGAGAGAGGCGAAGAAGAAGCAGCAGAAGGAGUACAAGGAGAACCUUGAGAAGACUUAUCCGUACAAGACGCUGUUCAUCUCUCGCCUCUCCUCCAAGGCGACGGAAGCCGACCUGCGCCACGAGUUCGAGAUGUACGGCCACAUUGAGAAAAUCCGCAUCGUGCGCGACAAGCGUAAGGGCAAGUCACGGAACUAUGCCUUCAUUGUCUUCGAGCGUGAGCGUGACAUGAAGGCUGCGUACAAGGACGCGGACGGCAUCCCGAUCCAUCACAAGAAGAUUCUCGUCGACGUCGAGCGAGGCCGAACAGUCAAGGGCUGGAAGCCGCGGAAGCUCGGUGGCGGCCUCGGUGGCCGACCCAAGCCGGUCACGGCGCCGCCGCCCAUGGCGUCGUUCCGUGGUGGGUUCCGGGGAGGAUUCGGCGGUGGCCGAGGAGGCGGCUUCCGCGGUGGUCGUGGUGGUGGCUUUGGUGGAGGCCGAGGAGGUGGUGGGUUCCGUGGUGGACGUCCGGGAGGUUUCCAGCCGCCGAGUGGAAGCGACCGCGGUUAUGGUGACCGAGCUGGCGGUGGCGUCGGCGGCGGCUACAAGCGCGACUACGAUGCGCCAGGAGGAGGCGGCGGUGGCGGCUACGGAGGUUACGACCGCGACUCGAAGCGUCCGCGAUACUAA